CGCAGGCAGGGCCACUUCCUGGAGACGAGCCGGGGCAGCGGUGUGGAGGUUCCGCACCCGCCGCCAGGAUGAACGUCGGGGUGGCCCACAGCGAGGUGAAUCCCAACACACGGGUGCUGAAUAGCCGUGGCAUCUGGCUGGCCUACGUGAUCUCGGUGGGAGUUCUCCAUAUCAUUCUCCUCAGCAUCCCGUUCUUCAGCAUUCCCGUGGUCUGGACCCUCACUAAUGUUAUACACAACCUGGUGAUGUACUGGUUUCUUCACACUGUGAAAGGGACCCCGUUUGAGACGCCGGACCAGGGCAAGGAUCGCCUGCUCACGCACUGGGAGCAGAUCGACUAUGGGACGCAGUGCACCUCCUCCCGCAAGUUCCUCAGCAUCUCUCCAGUCGUUCUUUACCUCCUCACCAGCUUUUAUACCAAAUACGACCCUGCGCAUUUUAUAAUCAACACGACGUCCCUCCUCAGCGUCCUCCUCCCCAAGCUGCCCCAGUUCCAUGGCGUGCGCGUCUUUGGCAUCAACAAAUACUAAGUCAGCGCUGCCCAGCCGGCUGCGAGGGAAGAGGGGACCCAUCCCAACAAGGAGUAAUGAACCCAGCGUGAAGGUGCUGUCCCGUGAACUUGGCCACUGCUUAAGCCACUUGGAGGGAUUAUUUUGCAAGGGGAUUAAGUUACUCUCCCUAAUAAUCAUCGGUAUUUGGGCUUAUCUUUUGUUUGGGUGGAGAGAGCUGUGAGGAGGGAGGGGGUCUAAGUGUCACAUGAGCUACCCUGUCAGCUGUCUACCGCUCAUGUAACUGCGAGAGGGGAGAACUGCUGCUCAGCAGGGGGGAGAUGGCCAGUCUGUGCAUCCUCCCCAUCCUUGUGUUUUAUAAACUUCUACCGUAAUAAAGACGUUUUAGAGACAA